GUUUGAGGUCAAGAGUUGAGGAGGUCAAAGCACGCGAAAAGAUCACACCUGGUUCCCACCAUGCCUUCCAAGAACAAGAAGUCCAAGGCCCCAGCUGCACCUGCAGCUGGAAACAGCGGUGAUGCUGCCCCCCCAGAACCAACCAAGGCUAAGGCUGCUGUUGCGCUUGCUGCGAAAUCUGCGCAAGCGCCACCUGCCCCUGUCAUCGCGGUUCCGACCGCGGCUGAAGUAGCGUGUCGGCUUGAGGUGCUUGCAGGUGGGAAGGAAAAGAUGGCAAAUGACUCGAAGGCUGCCGAGGAAGAGCUGUCGCGCCUUUUGAAGAACCCUAAGAAACGUGUGCAAGGCAGGUCGGAUGACUUGGACGAACAAAUGAAGAAGCUCGAGUUUCGCCGCAAUACAACGUCAAUGACCCUGAACGACGAGAAAAAGCUCCUUCGUGAUAUUGAAACGAUCAAAUUACUUAAAGUCGAGCUGGUCGAGUACGAAGAGUUCAACACGCGCGUGCAGUACCUCAAGGACAAGAAGAAAAGUCUCUUCGACACGCUCAAGCAAGCUGAAGCGCAAGAAAAGGAGCUCCAAUUGACCUUGAGAAAGCUUCGCCUGGCCGAGACCUUGAACGUUUCGAUCAACCAGUUUGAAACCAUCUCGAUCACGGUACCCAGGGACAAGAUGGGGCUCGUCGUGGGCAAAGGAUUCGCCAAGCUACGUCAGCUCGAGGAAUCGUACAAUGUUUUGCUCGACGUUGAAGCGGGGUCGCAAGUGGUCUCGUGCACGAGCACGCCAGCCAACAAUGCCAUGAUCGAGUCCGCUCUGGAUAGCAUUGCGACGGCCACGCUGCACUCGGUGGCCGUGCGCCCCGACACGUUGAAAUUGCUCAUGAUCCAGAAGGGCAAGCACUUGAAGGCGCUAGAAGCGUCGUGUUUUGUCAAGAUUGACGUGAACCGCGCCGACAACGUGAUUUCGUUCACGUCGUCUGCGGAUCGUGUAGACGCGGUGCAACGGGCCAUCAAGGUCCUCACCACAUCGUCCGUCACAAUUGAUGUACCGCAGGAUGUCUUGCCCAAGCUGAUCGGGAAGAAGGGCGAAGUCAUUUCCAAAAUUAUGGAGGAUUCUGGCGCGCUGUUGGACAUCGACCGCGUUGUCAACAGUCUGCGCAUCAUUGGACCCCUCGAAAGCGUUCAAAUCGCGCAAACGGCCGUGGAAGAGCUCAUUUACGACCAAGGAGCGUCCACCAUCGCGGUGUACGCAACCGAUGAAACGUACUUUGGCCGCUGGGACGCCCAAAGAUUUCCCAUCUUUGUCGAGUACUUAAUGGUGGACAAAGCGGUGCGACUGCGCGAUCUGCGCAAGGACGCGCAGGACUGCCGCUUGCAAGUCGUCAAGCCCAAGCAAAUGUUCGAAGCGACGGGGAACCGAACGCAAUUGGAAGCCCUCAAGGCGGCGAUGCAAAAGGCGGUCGCGGAGUUUAACGCGAACGUUGUGUCAUUCGACGUGGACUCGAACUGUUUGAGUCUUAUCAUUGGGAAGAAAGGAGCGAAAAUCAAAGCGAUUGAGAAGGAAAGCGGUGGCGCGCGCAUUAACAUCACGGGCAACACCGUCAGCGUGCUGGGCACGAAAGAGCAGUCGUCAAGUGCGGUCGCCCUUGUCGAAGAAAUCGUGGCCAACAACCAGCGCGUCGUCGUGCACGCUUCACCGCACUUGGUCCCGUUGCUCUUGAACAACAAACGCGCCAAAUUGAACGAAAUCGAGCAGGAGACGAAGAGCAGCAUCCAGCUUCCCCAAGCUCCCCCAAAGAAGACCAAGCACCACGCGGACGUCGCUAUUACGAUCACGGGCACCACUGCUGGCAUUGAAAAGGCGGCCUUGUUGCUGGAAGCGCUGAACCGCGCACACCAAGUCGUGUACUUGCCACUCGAUCAAGACGAAGUGACGAUCGUCAUUGGGAAGAAAGGCGAAACUAUCAAUAAGUUGCAAGCCGACACGGGGUGCCAGCUGCGUGUGCUGGAUGCCGAUGAGUCAUCGCCGUCUCGUGAGCUGCAGCUGGCAGGCAGUGAAGAACAGUUGGCAUUGGCCACGGCCGCCAUUGACGUUCUACUCAACUCGUCGCAUCGACAGCUUCUGUCCUUUGACGACUUUGCCACGGGGGUCAUUAUCGGUCGCAAAGGGGAACAAAUCAACAAACUGCGCGAAGAGUUCCCCAACGUCUCGAUCGACGCAUUUCCCCAUGGCCAAGUCCGCGUGAAAGGCGCGUCCAAGGACCUUGUUGACAGCGCUGUGGCCGCCAUCUUGGACUUGCUCCAAACUACAACUGUGCAGGAAAGUGUCAAACUUCCUGUGGACAGCCGCCAAACGUUUGAUGCGUAUGUGAGAGAUCCCGCCACCUCGUUGUACAUUUCGGAACUGGAAGCGGAGGGCGCCGUCAAGGCCGUCGUGGUGGACGAGGGCAAGCUCGUCAAGAUUCGAGGGUAUGCCCUCGGUGUGGGCAAGCUGAAGCGUUUUUUCGAAAUGGUGACAGAAGCCCAUGUGGCAGUGUCGAUUCCACUGCCGUCGGCGGCCCAUGUGGCGUCGCUCAAAGGGUCGUCGAACGAAGGCAUCCACGAAAACGUCCAUCAGGUUAUGAAACAAACCAAAACUGUCAUCCGCUUCAAGAACGACAAGAAGAGCUAUUCAGGCGUCGUGCUGUCGAUCGAAGGCCCGUCGCUGCCCAAGGUCCUUGAAGCCAAGCACCGUGUCGAAGUCGUGCUGCAGUUCUUCUUUCCGACGCACUUUAAAGUCCUUUCCAACGUCCCGCAGUCGUCGAUUGCGCGCGUGUUUCAGACACUGCCGCUCGUGUCGAAAUUCAAUGCGAUCUUGUCCCUCGGAUCCAAAGAUUCGAUCAAGAUCUUUACGGAUUCCGAGGCCAACACGGCUGUUGUGCACAAAACGCUCCAAGACAGCCUGCGUGCCCACUUGAGAGAAUACAAGGACGUGGCGAUUCCGUCCUAUUUGGCUCCUAUCCUCGUCGGCAAGAACGGCGACACGAUCAAGCGGCUGUCCGCGGAGAGCCAAGCGACGUUGACCUUGUCCGCUGUCGACACGGACGACGCGACCGCACCUCGCACACUCACAAUCCACUCCAAAGUCGAAGCGAACGUGGCAAACGCGAUUAAAUUGGUGCAAAACCUCAUGGACACGUAUGACAGCGAAUGCGUGUCUGUCGAAGUCCCACACAAUCUCGUCGAUUUUGCGCUCGCGUUGAAGCGCAAGAGUCCUUCAAACGUGUCGUUUUCGGUCGACAAACAGACCCCUACCGGCGUUGGGAUCAAGAUUCAUGCGAAGGACAUUACGGAACGGGCCGCUGCACUGCAACGGCUGGAAGAGCUCGUGGCCACGAUGACGGCAAUCACGAUUGUGCUUCCAUCGUCUGAUAUUGUGGGCUCGCUAAUUGGCAAAAGCGGGGCCAACAUCAAGGCACUUCAAGCCGAGUACCCUGGAUUGCAAAUUGACUUCAAGAAGGUCGAUGCGACCGGGGAAGGCUGUGUGUCGUUGAAGGGAGACAAAGCUGCGGUCGCCUCUGCCAAGGAAUGGAUGGACGAGAAGAUUGCAGCGGCUGUGGCUACCCAACGUGACUACCAGAAGCGCCAGCAAGCACAGGCAGCGUUCAAUCUGGUCGCCGACGAAAAGGCGAAACAGGCGGAAGCUGUCGAACGAGCAAACGCCGCUGAAAUCGAAGAGACAAAGCCCAAGGCAAAGACAGGCGUGUACGUGCCGAUCGGGGGCGAAGUCAAGCUGAACAAGACCCAGCGUCGCCGUGAACGCAAGCGUGCCGAAAAGCAGGACAGCGUGCUGUCGAUGCUGGUGGGGGGCCACGAUUCCCAGCGGGGCGGUUCCACCACGUACGGUCAAGCGUCGUCGUCGUCCGCUCAUGCGGCGUCGGGCGGAUACUACCAUUCUCCGGACGGGUAUUCUUUGCGCUUGUAACGACACCCGACGAUCACGAUCACUGCUGCUGAACAAAGAACCAUUUGAGUGAUCAUCUACAUUGCUACCUUCCCUGUUGUCUACUUCGGUUGCAACGAUGCCUCCCGUUCGCGCGCUGUCUUGAGGCCGACGCCAGAAAUCCGCUUGACGUCGUCGCUGUCGACGGGCUCGUUGAAUCCCAGCGCCUGGCGAGCUUCCGCCAUGAUAAACACACUGCCACACACGACAACAAUUUCUUCGUCCGACGAGUUCUUUUCGGCGGCGGCUGCACGGGGCAAGUCAGUGCAUUCCUCGUCUUGACGCAACGUACCGUGAAUGGCG